AUGGAAACGGGACCCAAGGGCAGUCUGGGCGGCCAAAAAGACUCGCAGGAAAUCUGCUCCCCUGGACUGCUGGUCUUCGCCGGCUCCUCGGAACAGGAUGCCAACUUGGCGAAGCAGUUCUGGAUCUCGGCGUCGAUGUAUCCCCCUAACGAAUCUCAGCUGGUGCUGUGCGGAGGGAGCAGCCAGCGGCUGCCGGUGGCCGGGUCCUCCAGGUGCAGCGUGCCUGAGAAAAAUCACUCACAGUCUUUUCAAGUCGACAAUGACAAGAAUAAAGACCUCAUUACUGAAGCCCUAAAGAUUCAGGAAUCUGAGAAAGCCAAGUAUCUUCAAAAGGCUAAAACAAGAGAUGAGAUUCUCCAACUCUUAAGAAAACAAAGAGAAGAAAGGAUCUCGAAAGAACUGAUUUCUCUCCCUUAUAAACCACGGGCCAAAGUACAGAAGGCAAAGAAAGUGACAUCGGAGUCAGAUAAAGAGGAGCAGGAAGCAGUCAAAGCCUUGGACUAAUCUGCUCGGUGCGUGGUCGAGGAGGGUUUACUUCCCUCUUCACUUUUUA